AUGGUAUCAUUGAAAGUAUCCAAAAACGAUAAUAGCAGUUCUAAUAUUUCUUCGUCGGUAAUUUCGUAUUUGGAUGAGCGUAAAAUUAAAGGCAUAAUUGAGCAUGUGGAGACAAUAGAGACUGGUUUACCAGGAAAAAAUAACGAUUUGCUUUUGAGGGAUGGUGACAAUAUAGAGGAGGAAAGAAUCGAUAAAGAUAUCCUAGCCUACAUGGAAGAAAGUGCUAUUGAAAUUGAUGAUGCAACCAAUAGGAGGUUAAGACGUCAGAUAAAUAAGAGAAUCUUACCAUGUAUGAUAGUUACUUAUUUUUUGCAGGCAUUAGAUAAAGGUACCAUUUCGUUUGCAUCUAUAAUGGGUAUCAGAGAGGAUGCUGGUUUGGUAGGCCAACAGUAUUCGUGGUUAACGACAUGUACUUAUUUAGCAGUACUAUUUUGGGAAUGGCCAACUAAUUGGAUAAUCCAAAAGCUACCAAUCGCUAAAUAUUUGGCCUUCAAUAUUAUAGCCUGGGGAAUUGUCUUAGGUUGCCAUGCAUUGGGCAAGAACUUUGCAAUUUUGGUUGUUGUAAGAACUUUACUAGGUUUUUUUGAAUGCUGCUGUCAGCCAUGCUUUAUUAUAAUGUCAGCGAUGUGGUAUAAAAGAUCAGAGCAAGCUCAAAUUAUUGCUCUAUGGUAUAUGAUGAAUGGUGGGCAACAAAUUGUUGGUGGAUUAUUAUCGUAUUGCUUUUCUUUGAUUGAAGGAGCCGCUUUAAGAAAUUGGGAAAUAUUAUUCUUGACCUAUGGAUGUAUUACUGUAGUAUGGGGAAUUUUCGUUUUAUGGUGGACUCCAGACUCUCCUAUGCAUGCAAAAUGUUUUUCUGAAGAUGAUAAAAAAUUGAUGGUAGAAAGGGUACGCUCUAACCAGACUGGAAUCCAGAACAAGGAAUUCAAAUAUUAUCAAGUUUAUGAAGCUUUGCGUGAUCCUCAAACUUAUUGUUAUUUUUUUAUUCAAUUUUUAACCUCAUUACCUACAUCAGGACUUGGUGCAUUCGCUAACAUAAUUAUCCUGUCUUUUGGUUUUUCUGUUUUGCAAACUCAAUUAUUAGCUAUGGUGUUAGGUGCCUACUUGAUCAUCUUAUUAUUAACGUCCGCAUGGUUAUCUUCUAAGUUCAACCAAAAUAUUAUUUUUAUGAUUUGCUAUGUGGUUCCUUCGAUUGUCGGAACUGUUGUGUUGAUGACAGUAACAUAUACUGGAUUGGAUACAAAUUCCUACGAAUAUAAACUUAGAAGAGGGGUGUUACUCUUUUGUUAUUACUUAACUUUGUCAUUUUGGGGUGUUGCGAACUUGGGACUUUCUUUGCUUUCAAGAAAUAUUGCAGGUCAGUCUAAAAAAUCUUUCUGUACUGCUUUAAACUUUGUUGGAUGGGCUGUUGGUAAUUGCCUUGGCCCUCAAGUUUUCAGAGCUCAGGAUUCACCAAGGUAUUUGACUGCAUUCGCAACUCACAUGGGAUGUUAUGCUGCAUUAAUAAUUUUAUUAGUCUGUAUGAGGUUAUGGUUGAUGAAGGAAAACUCGAGAAAAGACAAACUAAUUGAAGGAGGUAAAGCGGUCGCGGAUAAAGAAUUGAAGCACGCUUUCGAAGAUUUAACAGACGUAGAGAAUGUUAGCUUCCGUUAUGCGUAUUAA